CCCCCUCCUGGUUGUGGGAAGAUGAGGAAGCCGAUUCUGCAAUGUCUGUUUGCGCGAUAGAAUUUUCGCUAGAGCUGGAGUUUUACUGUUACUUUCUUGUUCUGAUAUUUCUGAUUGAUCAGAAAAGAUAUAAUGAGGCUAAAGUUUGUUCAUUGGAUGGCAUUACUCGAGUGAUGAGCCUAAACAUGGCAGAGCUUGACUCUGUUAAUGUUCUAGCAGCUAAGCUGUAUUUCUAUUACUCGUAUAGCUAUGAGGUCUCAGGUGAUCUUGCUGAAAUUCGUUGGAACCUCCUUGACUGGUAUAGCGUAGCCGCUUUGAAACAUGAUGAGCUGGGUCAGGAAACACUUCUCAAUCUGUUGCUUCGUAAUUACCUGCAUUACAACCUAUAUGAUCAGGCAGAGAAAUUGAGGUCAAAGGCAGCGAAAUUUCUGUCACGCUCAAGUCAGCAGACUCGCCGAUACUUGUUUUAUACUGGAAAGAUUCAGACGAUUCGACUGGCAUAUACUGAUGCAAAAGAAAGUUUCCGGCAAGCUGUUUGGAGAGGUCCAGUUGCAGCUCGUGGCUUUCUAAUUCAAUGUACAAAGUGGACUGUCCUAGUUCGUUUACUACUGGGAGAAAUACCUGAGAGGACAGCUUUUAUGCAGAGUGGAAUGGAAAGGAUUUUGAGGCCAUACUUCGAGCUUACAAAUGCUGUACGAAUUGGUGACCUGGAGCUGUUCGGUAAUGUCGCAGAAGAGUUUGCUGGCACUUUCAUAUCAGACGGAACAAAAAAUUUGAUUGUUCGUCUGCAACAUAGUGUCAACAGGAGUGGACUGCGCAGCACCAGCAUCUCCUAUUCCAGCAUCUCACUUGCAGAAGUAGCUGAUAAAUUGAAGAUGCAUUCCAGAAACCUCCUUGCAGAUGUCGAAAACGUUGUGGCAAAGGCCAUCCGCGAUGGAGCAAUUAACGCUAAGAUUGAUCAUGCAAAUGGGUGGCUGAUAUCGAAGGAGACUCGAGACAUCUACGCUACAGCCGAGCCACAGGUUGUCUUCAGCUCUAGGAUUUCUUUCUAUCUUAACUUGUACAAUGAGACUCUCCGGGCUUUGCCCCUCCCAUCAGGCAAUGAUAUGCAUGACAAUAGGAGAUCAGCAAGUCAAGUACUCUGUGGAGAACUACUUGAACUAUUAGAAGAGGUGAGGGAUAAGUAUCUUAAGAAAUGACGCUCCAUGUUUCUCAGUUUGUGGCCUUUAACCCCCACUUUCUAUACUCUCUUUACUAA